AUGUACCCUCGAUACGCGAGAGACAAACAGCUCUGGAGUGAGAACGAAUAUUUUAACGAGCCCGCAAAAGAUGACAUAGCAAGAGAAAUUUGGAAACUAGUUGAUAAGAAUUCGCCCGACCCGAGAUACCUCUGGGACGUGAAGAGCAAAAAGACAAUCCGUGUUCAUCAACGCCAUCCUGAAUAUGUCUGCAUCAGCCACACUUGGGGCCGAUGGACUGUCAAGCUGCCUUCUCAUGUUAGUAUUCCAGGCGUGCCUUGGAAAGUCCUCGAGAACACUUUAUAUAAUGUCCGAGAUCUGCCCAACAUGCUCCUCAAAUUGAAGUACGACUUCAUCUGGCUUGAUCUAUUUUGCCUACCGCAGGACGAUUCGCCCGAGCAUCGAGCCGAAGUUGCCAAUCAAACAGCCAUAUUUCACCGAGCAAAGAAAUGCAUCGCUUGGCUGAACGAUGUGGAGACUUGGGAUGGAACUGAGGCUGCCAUGGAUUACUUGGGUAUGAAGUAUUUGCGAACCUCAGCCACUGACCCAGAGCUCGCAGUCAGUGACAAGCGCGUGAAAUCUAGUAUUUCCGCGGCAGCAGACCAUUGUUUAGAACUGAUGAAGGAAAAUGACGAACCUUCAUCUUGGUUUUUAUCUUUAUGGACUCUUCAAGAGGCAGCAUUGUGCCCUGACUUACAACUCUGCACCAGAAGCAUGGAACUGCUGUUGGAUAAAACUGGCACUCCAAUAAGUCUUUCAACAUUGAUAGCCAUUCUCUCCCUCCUCAGGACUCCCAACAGGAGCCAAAUGGCAGAGUUUCCUUCUGACCCACUAUUUGAUAUCGUUCCUGAGUGCGUGUCAAAGCCUUUUCUCUUAGGAAAGAUGACAAAAUUGGAGUGGCUCCUGGAACAUCUAUCGCCGAUGGACAUCAUGGUCGCAUCGAACACGCGCACUUGUAAACGCUCUCGAGCCGUUGCUAUUAUGAAUGCUCUUGGUGUUUUGGACUGGUACAAGACAGAGUCCGAGGGAGGCAACCUUGGUACGGGCGGCAAGGAAGAGAAGCUUGUUUUGGAUACAUUUCCCAUUGAGUUUGUUAGGGAAGUCGCAAGAAAAUACGGAACUGUGUUUUACACAGCAGUCGAAUCCGUAAACUCUUACAGGGUCAAGACACACGAAGGACUCUGGGGAUUUCCAGAUGUUCAUAUAGGUAGCAUGAUGCCUUUUUCCGAAACGCAUGGAUGGUACACGUCCGUGAUGAAUGCUGUGACAGUACCAGCAAUACAGAAGAAGGACCAUGAAGCGGUUGCUAGCUGGCACAUCAACGAAAACAGGAGCGUUAGAAUACGUUCUGCAGGCAUAAUAUCUUGCUCAAGCGAUUCCGCCAACAAGUCCCCUAUCAAAUCCUUUGUCGCCACCAUGGAAGGAGGUGAAAGGCUGACAAUUGUGCAAAAUAAGAGUGCCCACGCUGACUUACAUGCUUCGCUUCGAGAAUUGGCCGGAGAUAAAAUGGUAUUCUACGCUGUUGUACUGCAGGAAGACUAUGGACAGAAGUCUGGUAUCUUGCUUCAGGCGCCCAGGACGAGAAUUCCAAAACCUAGGAAAAGGUGGCUGAUCAAAACGGGCUUUUUCAACACACUUGAGUCUUCCCCACCGACACUUUGCACAGCUGUUAAUUGGUGCGUUGCGUGA